UGAGAAGAGGCAUGCAGGCAGCGGCACAACCUCGCGCUUUACAAUUAGAAGACAAAGUAACAAACGACUGCUGUGCAAAAGAUGGAAGACGAUUUGCAGAAUCAAAAUACAGUACCUCAUGUCCUUCUGCACGAACAAGAGAUUGCCACCCAAAGAAUUAUCCAGGCUCAGAGCCAGAGAGAUGCAGCUGCUGGACCUCCGUCUAGGGAUGGCACUGACGUUUUCUGGGAGCGGCCUGACCCCAAUGCUCUGAAAGAGCAUCUACUGAAAAUGACUUCAGAGCAUCGUGCUGAAAUGGCUUCUAAGCGUGGCAAGCCUACCCCUCCUGAACAAGGUCACAUAGAAAUUGGAAAUGGGUAUGGUGUACCAGGUGGAGGUGCUUACUAUUGUACUUCGGGGCCGAAUAUUGCUGCACCUGGAAAUUUGGGACUUGUAAAUAAUGAUGUAAGCCAGAAAAAUUCUGAGCUUUGUGGAGAAUCAAAACCAAAGGCUGCAGCUAAAGACUUGCCUGAGUACCUUAAGCAAAAGUUGAGAGCAAGAGGCAUUCUCAAAGAUGGUGCUGCGAAAGAUGAUCUUUCAAGAUCUGAUAAUAACUUGAAGACCAGUUCACCUCAGCUCAUGGAAAUUGAGAAGUUGCUUCCUGGGUGGGUGGAAGCAAAAGAUCCUUCAACUGGUGCUUCAUAUUAUUAUAAUGAUAGUACCGGAAAGAGUCAGUGGGAAAGACCUGUAGAAACAUCUUUGAGUGCUCAGGUUCCAUUUGAUACACAACUUGUGGGAGACUGGGUGGAAGCGGUAGAUGAAACAACAGGGCACAAAUAUUUUUACAAUACAAGGACCAAUAUAUCUCAAUGGGAGUGCCCUGAUUUAUCACAGCCGGUUGCAUUAGAGCACCCAGCAAGCAGGUUUUCUGAAAAUACUGUUUAUGGCAAUUUGGCUUCAAUUUCACCAAACCUGGACAAAUGCAUCGGUUGUGGAGGUUGGGGAGUAGGCCUGGUGCAGGUUUGGGGUUACUGCAAUCACUGUACACGAGUUCUCAAUCUGCCACAGAGCCAGUAUUUGUCGACUAUUACAGAUAAGCAGCAGUCUGCUAAUACCAAAGACCGUUAUGAGAAUAAGGCUCUGAAGCAACGAUCCAAUGGGAAAUCUCUUCCGGGAAAAGGAAACAGAAAAGAUAAAAGGAAGCAUGCCUACAACGAUGAUGAUGAGUUGGAUCCCAUGGAUCCGAGCUCUUAUUCAGAUGCUCCCCGUGGUGGCUGGAUUGUUGGGCUGAAAGGAGUACAGCCACGAGCAGCUGAUACCACUGCCACGGGUCCUCUGUUUCAACAGCGUCCAUAUCCUUCACCAGGAGCUGUAUUGCGGAAGAAUGCUGAAAUAGCUUCACAAACGAAGAAAUCAAGCUCGAAUUGGACACCUUUAUCCAAGAAAGGGGAUGGGAGUGAUGGCCUUGGUGAUGCUGAUUGAGAUUGUGACUUAAAUGGGACAAAUUUCAUCUUUUGCUUGGCUUAGUUUAGCCUGGUCAUCUAAGUCAGUCACAAUGUAGUCUGUUGUCUCUACUCAUAUGAGGGUGCUAAAUCUUUCUACUUUCAGCGGUCCUGUACAUGCUGUCAAUUGGUAGAAUUCAGGUAUUGCCUGGGAUGCAACUAUCAAGUUGAUAAUGAUUAUAUUCAGCUACUAAAAUUGAGAUGGAAGUCCAGUUGUAUUGUAUGGUAAUUAAUGCCUCCACGUCUGCUGCAAAGUGUGCAACAUGCAUCUGUAGAUCCUACUUUCAGCAGGUCAUCAGCUGAUGUCAUGCAUCCAGAGAAAAUAUUUAGAACAGGGUUUAAAAAUGAGACAGGAGGACAUACAGAACUAUUGCAUGUUCUUGCACCAAAAGAUUCCUAAUGCCAGAUGGCCUUUGCCUAAGUUAAAACUCGGAAUAUCUUCUUGUAGUUUGCAGUUUCUAUAUAGGAAAGCUGGUCGUCUAAAUGUUUAUUAUGUUGAAAAUUUGAGGGGUUUAUUGUAUCUUGCUGUUGAAACCAAGUUCUCUCUUAGGAGUAGUGAUGAAUUUGUAAAUUAUAAUCAGCAAUAACUUUCACACAAUAAAUUAUGGUAGGAAUGUCUAAAUCUCAUGGAGUCCCUUUUGCUUGCGUUUAUCCCUAUCUCUGUU